UUAACCGUGCUUACUUGCAAAGCGUUGCUAAUGUUAUUUUAGAACAUUGAUCGAUAUUAGUUAGUGCGCAAUUCCUUCAGUUGAUUAAUUAUUCGUGGCUUCCAUUCAGGUUGCGUCAUUCGAAUUUUAAAUUUGACUUCUUAACUAUCGGCUUUGUUAAAUUCGGAAACAAAGUUUCACAUUAACUUUGCAAUUCUAUUUGGCAAUAGAAAGCUGAUUAACGAGGAAUGUGUUAAUUACAAGCGCGUGAGCUUAGUUGGACCUGUACAAGCCGCUAUCAUAUAUAAUUCGUACCAUGACCACCCUAAUCGUUUCAAAUAGUUAAAACCUCUUAGCUGAAAACCUUUAGGCAUUAUGUAGAACCACUGCUCGGAAUUGAGAGGGAAAUCGUUAUUGCGUCAAAACUCGUCUGAGGCCAAUUUCUGGUUGAAAGUAUUGUUCACAAAUCUCGCUGUUAAUGAACUUGUUUUUACUUAGUGUCAAUGUUUUCAGACUUUCUUUGGUUCGAUUAGUUGUAUUGAUUAUUAUGUCUGUGUUAAGUUUAUUACCUUACCCGUGUGCACUUAAAAUGAUAAACCUCUCUGAAACUGAUACGAUUUUAUGGACCUAUUUUUCAGAUAAUUCUCCAAUACGAAUUUAAGAAGAGGAACGAAGCACGAUGUCCUUUGAACUUGCAUCAAAUGGCACAAGUCCUCCUUCUUCUAUGUUGAAAAAAGAGAUACUGCUUCUUUUAGAGAGUUGUAAAGAUUGUAUGGACAUUCUUGGUAAAGAAUUACGAAUCGAUACGACACAAUGUAAGGCAGUCUGUGAGGUUGUUGCUACUUCUGAAGAAAGAGAUGGCCAAGAACUGUCAUUAGAUAAGUGGAUGUCCAUAUUUCAAAGCCUUGGAUGUCCAGAAGAAUUUGAAAAGCUCCUUGAGGAAGAUGUAUUACUUGAUGUCAACACUUUGGAUAAUUGUCCUCCAGAUAGCUCUAGCAACCAUACACAAGAGACUCUUCUAAAGGAAUCAGAAGAGUUGAGACAACAGAAAAUCAAGCCUGUUGAUGGACAUUCAAGACUUUCUGAAAGUGAAUUGAAGUCAAACUUGCCAUCCAAGCCAGGAGAUAAUGUAGAGGAGACUUGGAAGACAAGCACUGCCCUAGGUAAUAGCCCAGAAUUGGGUUUACCACCUCCUCUGGAAGAUGAAACAAGUAUGGAACUUGUGAAAGACACUACAACAGUUCUGAAAGAUGAUGAUGAAGAACAUCAAUAUCCAGAAGUUGGCAAAGGUUCAGAAAGUAUGGUGUUAUCUGUUGGACAAAAGGAAAACAGUCAGACAAAUGCAAGUAGCUUACUAGAAGAAGAGAGCCAUUCAACAUCACAAAUCAAUGACGAUGGUAAUUUGAAUUCAGGUGACUUAAGGUCAAGAUCACAACCAGUCACUUCUAAUGCAACAAAUUCUCCUCUACCAAUAGUUACAGGGCAUCAGUACCGUCCAAACAGCCCAAAAGCUGGUGAAGUCAUUGCUGUCAAUCAAGAUGGGCAGAACCUUCAAGAACAUGGGAGAGUGUUAUGUGCUGCUUUUUCACUACCAUUAGCUAAUGAGAGUAGCUUAACAGCUAACCACCUAUUCCAUGAGGGCACUCCAUCUCACAUAUCUGGUAUGGAUGAAGAAACAGACAGCAGGUCAUGGUCACAGAUUGAAACAGUUUCUAUUCCAAACCUAGAUGGUUUGAGUACAGGAUCAAGACCAGUUUCUCCUGAUGCAGCAAAUUACCAGAUACUGCCUGUUGAAAGUCACCAAUUACAUCCAAGCAAGCAAAUGAACUGUCAUGCAAAUGCUGUGGAUCAUGAUUGGCAGACCUUGGGAGGGGGAAUGCCGCUUGAUGCUCAACCAUCAUCAGCCAGUAGUUUACCAGCUUUGCAUGCAAAGCCUGUAGUGCAGGAUCCUGUGGGCCAAUUCCACCAGACUACUGAAAUUGACUCAUAUGGUGCAGAUGAAGCAGAAGACAGCAGUUCAUCAUCACAGAGUGAUACAGAUGGGAGUUUGUCUGCGGGUGACUCAAAGGCACAAUCAAGACUAACUACAAUUUCCCCUCAACUUCAUCUAUUACCUCCAAACAACCUGAUGUCUGGUAAAGCAGCUGUGAUGACUGUUGGGCCAGCUAUGCUGGAAAACAAGGGAAUGCCACUUGAUGCUCAACUGUCACCAGCCAUCAGUGCAAGUAGUUUACCAGCUUUGCAUGCAAGGCCUGUAGUGCAGGAUCCUGUGGGCCAGUUCCACCAGACUACUGCAACUGACACAUAUGGCGCAGGUGAAGCAGAGGACAGCAGUUCAUCAUCACAGAGUGAUGCAGAUGGGAGUUUAUCUUGGAAUGACUCAGGAACACAAUCAAGACCAGUUACUCCUCAAGCUGCAAUUUCCCCUCAACUUCGUCUAUUACCUCUAAACAACCCAAUGCCUGGUAAAGCAAAUUCAGCUGUGAGUCCUGAUAGGCCAGUCUUAAACAGGGGAAUGCCACUUGAUGCUCAACUGUCACCAACCAUUGAUGCAAGCAGUUUACCAGCUCUGCAUGCAAGGCCUGCAGUGCAGAAUCCUGUUUGCCAAGUUCACCAGGGUAUGGCUCAUGCCACACACAGCACAGAUGAAGGGGAAAGUAGUGGUUCACCAUCAGAAAAUGAUGAUGCGACUCAGGACGUGAAUAUUCUUCAACAGGUUCAGGCACCUUUUCAAUUGGGGGAAAUUGCCUUUUUGACUCGGAACCUGUGGAAGAUGACUGAAAAAUAUGAGGCAUGCAUGGAAGACCUACAGGCAUGUGAGCAAGACCUGCAGCAUUCUAGACAACAGUGUGCUCAGCUUCAAGGAACCAGUGAUGAGUUGCAAAGAUAUCUGGAUUACAGCAACUAUCUGCAACAAGAAAAUCAGCGCCUGAUAGGAAUGACUCAAGAGAUGUGUGAAUGUAAAGAUCAGGCAAUUCAGCAACUCAGACAGGAAAAUGAAAGUCUUAGAGGGGAACAGCUACAGAUGCUCCGUCAAAUGGCCCAAAGACACAACAGUUAUCAGCAACAGGAACUGCGACAGACUGUUGCCGAGGUCCGACAGUUACGAGAAUGUGUUCUUGAAGCGGGAUAUGAGAGGUUGAGGCUUGAAAAUGAAAGGUUAUCAAACCAGAGGAUGACAGAGCUAUCAGAAGCUUUUCUGAAACAGGAACUAGACGAGGAAAAACAUAAAAGAGCAGAAGCAGAGGAGACCAAUAGAUGUCUGUCUGAGGAAAUUUUCCAGCUGCAGACAAUGGUGAAUGAAUUGAUGUCAAGGCCAGCCAAACUUGUAGAAGUUCCUUGUACUGCCCCAUCCCCUGAUACUGUGCAGGAGAAUCUUGUAUCAAGCAGCACUGACUUGACUGUACGUGUAGAAGAAGCUGAUGAGGAGAGUGACGGCGAUGAAGAAGUUUACGAGGAUGCCCUUGAUCACUUGUGAUUGGUUCGAAUAUCGAGAGAACAUUCAACCCCUUUCCCCCCUCCCCUGUUUCAUAGACGGUUAGAUCUCUGAGUUCCUUUGUGUAAAUACAUGUAAGCUAUGUUUUAAAUUGUAUUUGAACCAGUGACAUAUUGUGAUAUUUCAGGUUUGUGAGGUCAUAUGUUGUAAAAAGUAGCCAAAGGUAGAUGAAGUUUUAGCAGAGUUAUUACAUUGUACAUGCAACUUCUAGUUAAUACACGCACUUUUUAAAUUGUAAGGUGAAUAUUUUUUAAACUUGCUGUCAAACAGUGGUGAAGGUCUAUUUUAGGUGUUAUGAAGAAUAAUAAGUAGUAUUCAAAAAGUAGUUUUUCAAAUAAAACAGUUGACCUUUUGGUAUAUAAAGCCAAGAAGUCAGAAAAAGAUUGUAGUUUAUGCAUGGUUUAGUGGGAAAAAAAAAUUCAUGUCUUCAUUUGUGAUUUACCAAAGGUUUUUAAAGGUUUUCCUAGAAUAAUGUAUAUUUUGUGGCAAUCCUUUGGUCGAAGUCUUUCUUAAUUGGAGUAUGUACAUAUGUUUUUCGUAAUAAUUUAUAUUUCCCUGUAGAUUGUAUAUUUGUGGUAGUAUUUAUAUGCUAAGGUUUUAUGAUAACUGCACUUUUCUGAAUAUAGUCUUUUAAAACACUUUUUGUAGACUUUCGUAGUAAUAUUUUAAUGAAUUCAAUUGAUUGUUAUGAGUUCAUGACUAAACUCUCUAAAGUGUGCAAGAUUUACAUUAGAUGCAAAAUUUUAUUGACUAUUAGAGGUGGCCAGAUGGAAUAUGAACAAAUAUUGAAUAUAUAAAUUUGUAUUUACUGGUUUAUUUGUAUCUUACAAAUUCAUGACAUAAGUUUCAAUUAUUUACAUUUUACUCACAAAUUGUGGUUGAAAUAUUGAGUGUUAUUUUUAUGUUGCAAUGUGAGGAAUAAUUAAUGAUGAUAGCAAGUACUUGAGUAAUAUAUUUAUGAUGUGCAGUUGUGUGUUCGCAGCCAAUAAGUGUUCAGGUUGUCAUUCAACUGACCGAGUGUGAGACAAAAUGUCAUUGUUUCUCUCUCUUUUGCUCGAUUUUGAGGAAAGUGAUCACAAAAAUUAAUAAUCAGGACUUCUUGGGAAGUAAACCAAAUGUGAAUGGAAAUGCGUCAUUGUACUCACUAUCGUAAUUCAGUGAAAAUAUUGGCCAAAAUGCAUGACUGCAUAUCACAAAAGUUAAUAAAUUAGUCUUCUUCAUUAUAAUAAUUAACAGUUCAAUGCAUUAUAAUAAUUAAUAGUUCAAAUUUAAAUGGUGUAAAUGACAUAAUUUAAAUACAUUUGAGCAGGUGAAUGUGUCCUAGCUAGACAAAAAUCAAGCGUGUGUUAAAACAUUAAAAUAUAUUUUAGAUA